GCAAAUUAGGCGAUGACGUCAUUUAGCGACUUCUCGCGACUUUCCUUACUGAGGAGCUGGCAACAGUGAAGCCCAGACGAUGAUGGAGAGCGAGCAGGUGCUGAACGCUGAGCGGGUGCGAGCCCUGGAAGCCUGGCUGGAAACGACCAACACGAAGGUGGUUCAAGUGAACGGCCAGAGGAAGUACGGAGGUCCUCCUGAAGUGUGGGACGGCCCCGCUCCAGGAACCCGCUGUGAGGUCUACAUCAGCCAGAUCCCUCGGGACGCCUACGAGGACCUGCUCAUCCCCCUGUUCAGCUCUGUGGGGCCGCUCUGGGAGUUCCGGCUGAUGAUGAACUUCAGCGGUCAGAACCGCGGCUUCGCCUACGCCAAAUACGGGACGUCGGCCGUGGCUACCGACGCCAUCCGCCUGCUGAACGGCCACAUGCUGGAGCCCGGCUUCCGCCUCAGCGUACGCCGGAGCAUCGAGAAGAGGCAGCUCUGCAUUGGAGAUCUGCCGGAUGCCACCAGGCAAGAAGACCUCCUGCAGGUGCUGCGUGUGUUUGCAGAGGGCGUGGAGAAGGUGUCCCUGAAGACCGGGCCUGGAAUAGACGGGGUGUCGGCCAUCGUCACCUUCUCCUCCCACCACUCUGCCUCCAUGGCCAAGAAGGUGGUGGUGGAAGCUUUUAAGAAGCACUUUGCUUUGACCGUCUCGCUCAAGUGGCAGUCCACAGAGAAGCCCAACCCCAGCGAGCCCCAGCCUCUUCAGAAGCCUCCAAAGAGCCUCCCGCUGCCCCUGAAGCCUCCACGCCACGCCUCUCGGCCCCCGGUCCUGCCUCCUCGCCUGGCGGUCCCCCCUUCCAUCUCCCCGGGUUUCUGCAGAGCCGUGGGAGGACCCCCCGUCCCACAGCAGCUCCAGGCCUCCUGCUGCUACCAGGGCCAUGCGGUGUUUGCAGGAUCCCCGGUGAUGCUCAGUAAGCUGUGUGAGGUCACAGAGGAGGAGGCUGGGUGGGCCGCGGCCCAGCAGGUCCUACAGAGAGUUUACAGCCAGCGGAUCAGCCCCUGAGCUCUGGUUCUCCUGCUGCUGCAGUCUGUUUGUGUUGUAUAUAAGAACAACAGCAAUGUGAUGUUUUAUGGAGUUUGCUGUUUUUUGCAUGUUUUUACGGUAGUAGCAGAAGUUGAUCUGGUUUGUUUUAUACGUGUUUUUUACUCUGUUUCGAUGUGUUCUGUGUUGAUUGUUACUCAUUUACAAUAAAUGAGAUUUGAACUGA